AUGACAGGCUUCAACUUGGAGAGAUUGGUCAGACCAAACAUUUGGGCUCUUGAGCCCUAUCGCUGUGCCAGAGAUGAUUUCAAAGAAGGUAUUCUUUUAGAUGCCAACGAAAAUGCUUAUGGUCCUUCGAUCGAGAACCUCAGCAUUCUAUCCUCCAGUUUCUCUGAGGCUGGUUACGAUGUCGACAUCAGCGAGUUAAACAGAUACCCAGAUCCUCACCAGAUUUCUCUCAAGACAAAACUCUGCCAGUUCAGAAACUACGAAGGUUCGUUGCCAAACUCCUCGUUGAAAUUGGAGAAGGCAGAGUACAACUCACUAAAAUUGACUGCCAGCAACUUGUGUCUAGGUGUUGGUUCUGACGAAAGUAUUGAUGCAUUGAUUAGAACCAUUUGCCAGCCAACUGUUAAUAAACUAUUGAUCUGCCCUCCAACUUAUGGUAUGUACCACAUCUGUGCCCAAGUUAAUGAUGUUGAAAUUGUGAAAGUCCCAUUGGAUUUCACAACCUUCCAAAUCCAGCCCGAAAGAAUCAUUGAAGUCAUUUCAAAAGAUCCUUCCAUCAACAUGAUUUACAUUACUUCGCCAGGCAACCCAACUGCUGCUUUGGUUGAUUUUGAUUUGGUCAAAGUACUCUUAGAAUACGACGGUUGGAAUGGUUUGGUUGUUCUCGAUGAAGCCUAUGUUGAUUUUUCUAAAGUUGGAUCUUCUUCCUCAAUUUUGGUUAAUAAAUAUCCAAACUUAGUAGUCUUGCAAACUUUAUCUAAAUCCUUUGGUUUGGCUGCUAUAAGAUUGGGCAUAACUUUUGCUUCAAAAGAAUUGGCCGGUAUUUUAAAUGCACUUAAAGCUCCUUAUAAUAUCUCAACAUUAACUUCAACUAUUGCAAACAAGGCUUUAUCUCCUGAAAGCAUUAAAUUAAUGAGAUCAAAUGCUGAAAUCUUAGAAAAACAAAAAUACAGAGUAUUGGGUGAAUUGAAAAAAAUCAAGGGUAUUGGAAAAAAUCUUGGUGGUUUAGAUUCUAAUUUCAUAUUAGUCCAAGUAAUUGACAAAGAUGGAAAUCCAAAUUCUGACCUUGCUAAACAAAUCUAUGAAAAAUUGGCCAUUGAAAAUGGCGUGGUUAUUAGAUAUCGAGGUAACGAACCAGGUUGCCCAGGUGCUUUAAGAAUUACCAUUGGUACUGAAGACGAAAAUACUUCUCUUCUUGAAAAAUUGAAAAAAGUUUUUUCUGAACUUUUAUAG